AAAUAACCCCUACACUAGAGAAGAUUUAAGAGCCACAGAGAAAGAAGCAGAAAAGGAAAAGACGCAGAGCAGAGAAGGAAAUGGGUUCAGUACAUUUAGCCCCCACACUAUUCCGGCUGCCGGAAUUCGGCUCCGGCGACAUAAUAAAGCACCGAAGCUCCGCCGCAUUCACCACCGCCAAAAGGAGACCAAUUUCAGUAUCUUUCGCCGCGAAUUCACCUGAAUCGGCCCCCCCGGAAGCACCCGAAAUCGAGCUCGAAUUCAUAGGGGCAGGAGGAGAUGGGAAGUACCCGGUGGAGAGAGCGAGGGCAAUGAGUGGAGAGAAGCUGCUGAGGAACAUCAUGUUGGAUAACAAGAUUGAGCUCUACGCCCCCUACGGAAAGGUGAUGAACUGUGGAGGUGGUGGAAGCUGUGGAACAUGCAUUGUGGAGAUUAUAGACGGAAAGGAUCUUUUAAAUGAAAGAACCAACACCGAACUCCGAUAUCUUAAAAAGAAACCAGAAUCAUGGAGGCUGGCUUGCCAAACAAUAGUUGGAAAUAAAGAAAAUUCCGGCAAGGUUGUGGUUCAACGGUUGCCUCAGUGGAAGUAGCCAUGACGAAUGAACAUUUAUGUUACAAGUGAGGGGGGAGGGGGGGAAGGAUAAAAACAGAGCAGCAAGCCAAGUGCCAAAAUGAAAAUUAUUUUCUUGGCAAGCUUGUAUUGAAUAUAUGUAUGUAUUCACAUAUACAUUAUAGGUAGCCCUUUGUGUACAAUAGAUCUGUUAUUGUUUUCUUCAUUUCAGAAUUCAUAUGAAUAGUAAUGGCAUUGUAUGUAUUAUUUGUUGAUGACCUAAGAAAAUAAAUGGAUAGUUUCUUCAUCCA